AUUGUCACACUGGUCAUUGAAAUUGAAAUCCUUCAAAUCCGUACCUUAGCUCCUCCCUUUGGAAAAAUUCAAUUUUGAUUGGUAAAAAAAAUUGCGUGAGGAGAUUGAUACAUCAUUGGUCACCACGGGAUGUAAACACGCUCAUAAUUAGCUCGCUUUCACGACGAUAACAUCUCACAUAGACGAAGACUGAAAAAUAGAUAUAUAACCGCUGACUAACUGCUGUCAUCAGAGUAAAUUGACCAAGGACGAAGAGGAUAAAUCCACAUCCACAAUGCAGUGCCACCCCCAGCAAGAGAACAUUACCUUGGCACGCUACAGUGACGUGGGUACCGUAGAGUCUAUGUCCGGUUUUCCUGGCGGAAUAGAUAUGUCCUUCCCUCAUAUAAUAAUGGAGGAAGAUGAGCCGGAAGUGAUAAGUAAUUUGGAAAUUGCAAAAGGAGCAAGAGAUAUUAAAAUUGAAGAUUAUUUGGAACUACCAAAGGACACAGUUGUAGCUAACAAUCAGCUGCAAAGAGGUUACACUUUUGUAGUGAACUCAAUAACACAAGAACCGUUUGACCUUCCUGAAGUGACCAUUGCUUCAAAUGAGUUGCCAGGAAAAGAUCUUGAAGCAAAGAUCCAAACUUACCUUUAUGAUUAUGAUAUCAACCUAUGUAUCAAACCCAUACCAUCAGAAAAGAAGAAAAACCCUCCAUACUUGGUGGAGCGAGACAUCAUCACCACCCAGAAUAGAACACCAGUGUUUUUUAAAAUAGAAGGAACCAAAGCUGGUCAAAAAGUCACUAUGUCCAUGAGGUAUAUCGAUGAACUCCAUAAGGACACACCAGUAAAUUCCUGCAGGAAUCACCAAGAUUUCCCUGAAAGACCAAGCAUACUGCCUCAAGCAUUUAAUUUCUUUAUGACAAAUACAUGUAAUUAUGAAGUUGAUAAUGCAAAACAUCCAAUAGCAACAUAUGAUAUCCAGGGAAAUGAUUUUGAUGAUGAAGGAAAUUUAAAAAUCUCCAUUGUUCUGCUGUGCUUGAACUCUUGUCACAGAGAAAAAUGUAAGAAACUGGUUCUCAGAAUUGGCAUCUAUGAUCCUGUAAGCAACAUUUCUCUGAAGGAAGAUUGCUUCACCAUUCGCUGUUGUAAAAAUGUGAAGCGUGACCACAAGAACAAAACUGGCACCAAACGCAGCACAAUUGCUACUGAGGAUGAUCAAACAGAGGAAAUAGUGCCUGUGAAGGUACAGAAGGUGGAAGUUCAGGGUUGUGGCACACAUCAACAACCAUGUCAAGACUCUUCAGUGAGUAAUGAAGAAAAUGGACGACCAUGGCACUUGUUUCAAAUGAAAAGCGAAACAGAUGAGCAGUACAUUCAUAAUUUGAUUGAAAGGCUGGGUGGAACUUGGAGUAAAGAUAUGCUACCAUUUGAAACAGACAAAGAGCAAACCUACAGCACAUACGUGUAGAUCCAACAGAAUACUGUGCUCAACGCCUGUGCUAGGUGGUCGUAAAGCUGUGCAUGGUGGGUUCUGGUAAAACCAAAUUCGUUUUUGUUUUCAAGAUAAAUUUGAAAAAGUUAUGCCAUUGUCAAUUAGAGUAUAUUCUGUUAUAAAAUAUGAGGCAUUGAUAUUCAAUCCAUCAUAUUUUAAUGGCUAUCCCAAAUUUCUUUAUAAGUUCUUUGUAUUUUACAACUUACAAAGGCCAAGUGAAUGUUUACACUUUCUGUUUGAAAUAAUAUAAACCAUUUCAUUUAGUUUUAAAUUAGAACUUGCUGUAUCCCCAAAUUGUCCCAUGUUUUGUUUAGGUAUUUAGCAGAGUUAAGUGUUUAAUUUCUUGGAUUAAUUGCUAGAAAUUGUAAAAUAUAUUUACUGUUUAGAUUUUCUAUUUAGGUAAAGAGGUUAGAUUACACACGUGCACUCCCCCCUCACUCCUACACUCACACACACAUGGUGCAGUAUCAUUACUAGGUUAUGACAUUUGUCCCCCUGCCGACCGUGGACUCCAAUACGUUAUUCGACUCUUGGUGCUUGACGGUACACACCAAUUGUUUUUCCUUCUACUAAUAAUACUGUUUGUCAACUUUAAUUCCCCCAUAGAUUUUAAAAUCUACAUGAAUCAAGAAAGUUUAUGGUUAAUUUGGUGCCGUAAAUCAGCCAGAAAGUAUGUGUGGACGGAAUAGUCUAAAUCUUGUUUUUAUUUAGUAGUAUAAAUAUAAAGCUCAUAGGCAUUACCAACAACAAUUUUUGAUGGACCCUACAAGGCAGUGUUUGGAUCAUUCUAGUGUAUUGAUAAAAAUUGCCCAGACUUACGAAUAACUGAUGGAUCAAUAAAGCCGAUGAGGCAUGUAUGCCUUAUUUUUCCCAGUAAAUAAUGAGACAUUUGGCACUUAUGAAGUCUGGCAACUGGAUACCUAUGUUUUUAUUAAACUAGAUGUCCAUAAAGAAAAGUAGUUAAAAUACAUAUGAAAGUUGUAAAACUUUAUAAAAUACUGUAAACAUCUAGUUAAUUAGAAGCUACAUCAUUUUGUUGCUUUUUGAUAUUUAAAAGAAACUUGUAUGUGAAGAAAUUUUUUUUUUUAAAUCUGCAUCUUAAAAAUCUUUAAAGUAGAUUUACCAAAUUUAAGUGAUAAGUUUCUGGCCAACCCACAAGUGUGGAAAAAUAGUCAUAAAAUGAUGAUAACGAUUAAUGUUUCUUGGGUUCUAAGUACUGUAUAAACUUUCCCGCACACUUGAAAGCUUAAGAAGAAUUUUACCAUUUGGUGCAUAUUAGAGCCAUAUUUAUUGAUUUUAUAUCGCACUUGCAUAUAAUCGCACAUGCCUCCAAUGUCACAUAUAAACCACAUGAUUUUUGUUACCCCUUAUGGACUUAUUAUUGUUAUGUGAGGAACCGGGAACAUUUAGAACAGGUGGGAGUUGUAUAGACAAAAUACUGAAGUGUAAUCCUUGUAGCUAAUACAUAAAGCAGGAAUUUGUAUGUGGCAUUUAUGGGUCUAGAGAAGACAUUAUGAGGUGUAUUAAGUAGGGAUAAUUCAGAGAGGUGAAGAAAUUUAUGGAACGGGAAGAAAUAGAGAACGGCGUGCGAGUACUGAGAGUGAGGAAGGGAUGUGUGAUGUCUCCUGUGUGUAAGAUAUUUAAGGAUUGGGUUGUAAGGGUGAAAAGGGCAGCAGUGAAACAAAAGUCAAGAGGUGAAUGUGACUAUUUGUAUCAUGUCUUCUGUAGAUAAUGUAGUGAUUUUUUAGAGUGAAGAGUAACUGCAAAAGGUGGUGAAUAGCUCUUGGCAGCUUGUGUUAUAUUCGUAAAUUAAAGGUAAAUGCUAGGAAUUUUUAUGGUGAUAGUUUUCUUGAAAAGGAGUUUGAUUUCGUGGUAGUAUUGGAUAUUGGUGAUUAAACCCCUGAAGUUUGGAAUGGAGUAAAGUUAGAUGUACUGUAGUGUAAUAUCUAUAAGUUAGUGUACUGUACUCUUGAUGCUGUAGGACUUUUAUGAGUUUUGCUGUUGUUUCCUCACUCCUUCCACACAAGGUUAGAGUAUGUCUCGCAUAAUAAUUGUAGUAAUGGAAUAGCAGUAUAAGUUUAGUACCAUGUAAAAGUUUCCAACUGAAUGAUCAUAUAACUGGAAAUUAAACAGGACUGUGUAGCAAGUAGUCCUCCAUGUAGUUUAGCUUCUGAAUAUAUUUAGUUUUUUUUUUAUGUUUAUAAGGCUUUGCAUAUACAGUACUACUGUACUGUAACCUGGACUUACUGUAAGUUGAUAUAGUCUUGGUAUACAGUACUGUAUAUUUUUAUUAUAACCUACAGUCAGGUUUGGUGAGUAGAUUUCAUAUAUCUUACAGUUUCAAAAGAUAUCCUGAUUUAGGACAGAUGUCCAGAACCUGAUUCAUAUGUACUGUUUGUCCUAUUUGUCCAGAAGAUGGAAAGGCUUUUUGAGCAUUUUAUGAUAUUGAAAUACUUCUGAUUUAGACCCAGUCCCCCUUAAAAACUUGCAGUUAAGUGAUAGGGAUAGCCUAAACAAGUUUCCUAUGGUACGUAGGUACAGAUAGGUUGGGUCCCACUGGGCAGAUGAAAAAUGAGGGCAUAUAGGGUUAAAUAACAUUUCAUGUAGAGAGAUAUAGAGACUUGAAAGGCUAAUUAGCCAAUGUUUACUUAAUCAUAAGCGUAACACUAAAAUUAUUUCUUAGGAUUUUUUGCCUCCAGUAAAAUCUAUUUUAAGUUGCAUUUGAAUUUCAUGUAAAAAUUUAGUCUUUUCAUUAAUGAAUUCAAGUACAGGUACCAUUAAAAACUUUUUAUUUUGAGGGAAGGUUUACUAACUUUUAACAGAUUCUACUGUGAAUUACUUGAUAAUUUGAAUUCAUCUCUUAUGAAUUCAUCUCUUAUUUAAGAUUUGACGGGCCUUUACAUGAUAUUCACUCAUGCUUGUGUACUGUUAAUGAAUCCCCUAUCACCGUACGUUCUUUCUUUUGUUAUUUUUUAGUGCACAAAACUUAUUUUAAAUUUAUGUAAACCAGAUAGGAGGAUCAUUGUAUUUGAUUGUAAAUUGAUAAAAAAUAUAUAUAUAUACCUGUAAUGGA